AUGUCCUCCUCAGCAGUGCGGGUGACCAACUACCCCGCAAUCAAGAACGCGCCCUUGGUUGGGCUCGCAGAGGGCAAUGGUGCCUUUAACAACUACCACCUCGCCGCUCUCCUCGUCGUCGUUCCAUACGUCGUCAAGUCUUUCCUUCCCAUCGUCAAAUAUGGCGGCUUCAAGACGUACCUCUUCAUGUUCGUCCUCAUGGGCGCGCCUACCGCUGUCGGAUACUGGUCCUUCAUCAGUAUCUAUGGUGCGCGGAGGAACGAAAAGGUCACCCUGCCUGGCAAGGACAUCGAGGAAUACAUCGACAUCAAGGACGAGGACCUCAAGAAGCUGUACAAGGGCAAGGAGAAGAUCCCCAUGCAGGUCUUCCACGACGCGUACUUCGACGGCAAAAUUGACUUCAAGGGCGACGUGUUGGACAUCCUGGAGCAGCGCCAUGACUGGGCCAAGAUGAACUUUACCUUUGAGCUCUUCAAAUACGUGUUCACCGUCUUCAUUCCUGAGGUCAUCGUUCACUCCCAGAGCCAGGACGAGGAGCAGAUUCGUGGCAACUACGAUCGUGGCGAUGACUUUUAUGAAUGGUUCCUUGGCCCCCGUAUGAUCUACACCUCCGGCGUCGUCCUCGACAUCAACAAGGAAGAGACCCUCGAGGAGCUCCAGGACAACAAACUCGCCAUCGUCUGCAACAAGCUCAACCUCCAGCCCACUGACAAGCUCCUUGAUAUUGGCUGUGGAUGGGGUACCCUGGUCACCUACGCUGCAAAGAACUUUGGCUGCGACGCUACUGGUGUAACACUCGCCCAGAAACAGGCCAAGUUCGGUACUGAACGCAUUGCGAAGAACGGCGUCCCCGCUGACAAGGCCCGCAUCUUGUGCUGCGACUACCGUGAGAUCCCCACCGGCACCAAGUAUGACAAAAUCGUCUCUCUCGAAAUGGCUGAGCACGUCGGUGUCCGCAGAUACUCCCAGUUCCUUUCCGAAGUGUACGACCUCCUCGAGGAUGAUGGUGUUUUCGUGUUCCAGGUCGCAGGUCUGCGCCCCAGCUGGCAAUUCGAGGAUCUGGUUUGGGGUCUCUUCAUGAACAAGUACAUCUUCCCUGGUGCGGACGCGUCGUGCUCUCUCGGAUGGGUUAUCACCAAGCUCGAAUCCGCUGGCUUCGAAAUCAAAAACAUUGAUGUGCUCGGCGUGCAUUACUCGGCUACCAUUGACCGAUGGUACAAGAACUGGCUGGCGAACAAGGACAAGGUCGUCGAGAAGUACGGUGAGCGAUGGUACAGGAUCUGGGUCUUCUUCUUGGCGUACAGUGUCAUCGUCGCUCGUCAGGGAAGCUCGUCUGUGUUCCAGAUCACGAUGCACAAGAACUUGAACGCGUACCACCGUAUCGAGGGUGUGCCCAACCACCACUCGAUCCACGUCAAGCUCGACAAGGAGCCUCUGUAA